CAGUGCACCAUGGUUAUGCUGAAGAUCUCUGCUUUCUUCGUUGCCUACGCUUUGAUUAUCUGUCAGAUGUACUGCUCAAAUGCAGCACCAUCCAGGCCUGCUCUGGAGCCAUUACCAGACGAAGCCAUGCUCUCUGACUAUGAGGCGAGGCGGUUGCUAAACGCGUUUAUCAAAGAGUUUGUGCAGAUGACUGCAGAAGACCUUGAUCAGCAGGAGACUGAGGAGAACAGCAUGGGCAGACCCAUGUCCAAGCGCUGCUCCAACCUGAGUACCUGUGUUCUGGGAAAGCUUUCACAGGAACUGCACAAGCUGCAGACAUACCCACGCACCAACGUAGGAGCGGGAACCCCAGGAAAGAAGCGCAGCGCAGAGCAUGUGUACAGAGAACCAUCCGAUCUCAUCUAAACGGCUCUCUGCUUUGGUCCCGAUAUCCGAGUGUCAAUGCAUGUGUAUUUCUUUUUGCUUGUCUGACUUGAUUUCCUCAUUUGUCCUUUUUUAAUCUUCAUUGGCAGAGACAGCGUACUUUAAUGUCUUUCUUUCUUAAUGUCUUACUUAUCUGUUUCUACCUGGGCAGCUCUCAUUGACAAACAGC